AUGGAAGUGAAAUUCGCUUUCUUGAAUGGUCCUCUUGAAGAAGAAGUGUAUGUAGGACAGCCACUCAGUUUUGUUAUGAAGAAUCAAGAGGAUAGAGUUUACAAAUUGAAGAAAGCACUUUAUGGCUUCAAGAAAUGUGUAUUCGAACAUGGUGUUUAUGUGAAAUCGGAUGCAAGCAAAGAUGUUAUCAUAUUUUGCUUCUAUGUUGAUGACUUGUUGAUCACGGGCAACAAUGAAUCAAACAUUUCAAAAUUCAAAAGUGAGCUUAUGGAAGAUUUUGAAAUGAGUGACCUUGGAAUGUUGAAGUGCUUUCUUGGCAUAGAGUUCCACAAGUCAAAAGUGGGGCUGCUUUUGCAUCAAAGGAAGUAUGCGUUAGAUAUCUUGAAAAGAUGUGAUAUGAAGCAUUGUAAUGCGGCCAUAACACCGGCUGAAGCAAGGUUACAAUUUUCCAAGAGUAAGGAUGAACAAGAUGUGGAUCCAACACAAUAUAGAAGUUUAAUUGGAUCAUUAAGGUACUUGUGCAAUACGCGGCCAGAUUUUCCGUUUAGUGUCGGUAUUGCUAGUAGGUUCAUAGAGAAGCCUAAAGUAUCACACUUGGCUGCAAUCAAGAGGAUCCUUCGAUACAAUAAAGGAACUCUUGGUUGUGGAAUUCUCUUUCCUGCAACGGAUAAUGAUGGUAAAUGCGAAUUACUUGGUUAUACCGAUUCUAGUUGGUGUGGAGAUAAAGAUGAUAGAAAGUCUACAGCGGGCUAUGUCUUUAUGUUCGGUGGAGCACCAAUCUCUUGGUGUUCUAAAAAGGAACCGGUAGUUGCACUCUCGUCUUGUGAGGCCGAGUAUAUCGGUGCAUCAUUGUGUGCGUGCCAAGCGGUGUGGCUUAGGAACCUAUUGAUGGAGUUGGUUAGCAGUUUUGAUAGUGUUAUCACAUUGUUGGUUGAUAAUAUUUCAGCCAUACAUAUUGCUAAAAAUCCCAUUGUACAUGGGAGAAGAAAGCAUAUUGAGAUGCGUUUUCACUACUUAAGGGAUUUGGUAAGUGGAGGCCAGCUAAUGUUAGGAUACUGGAGAAGUGAAGCACAAGUUGCAGACUUGUUGACGAAAGCGGUAUCGAAUGAAGUUUUCAAGAAGCUAUUAAGGAGUUUGAGCAUGAGGAAUGUUGAGCACUUGACUUAA